AUGAGUGAGGCCCCUGCCGAUGAGGACCCAAGACUGGGGAGGACGGCUUCCGCUGCCACGGCGGACUCAUCUGACACUGAUGAUCACCAGAUCGAUUCCGAGGACUAUGACGACGGAGCUGUGGCCCCGGUCCCGACCACUCCAGGGGGAACACCAGUACCUGCUGGACCCCCCCCACCAAUGGCUGUGCAGAGCUGGAGAUGGAUCAGCCAGCAGGUCUCCUCGGCGGUGGCCGGUGUGAUGAUGCAGCAGGGUCUGGCUGUGCAGAGGGCUCUGACCCUCUUUCAAGGGGAUUGGAGGAUUAUUGGGGACAGUCUUCGUAUCGACAUCUCUUUCUUAGGGGACGAGACGGCCGGACAUCCUUUUUCGCUCCACUUCAGCGACUCCGGACCCAGUGGAGAUGAGGAGAACGAUCGCGAUGAUGAGGACAGACAUGACCCCGCCGGACAUGCAAACACCGCUACUGAGGAGACGGAGGUCACGCAUGCCCUGACCACCAGAAUGAACAAUGAGGGCAGAACACGCAUGACACCGGCGGAGGCGUACCGGCUGGCCUCUAUCUUGACCAGGGGUGAUGAGGAGCUGACUACUUCGAGUCCUGUGCCAGGACCUCGAGCAGUGGCGGUGCUUCCUAGCACGCCUCCGGACUUCCAGGAUGAGGAGGCCCCUGCCCCUGUCACACAUGGUGAUGAUGGCACUGGUAUCGGCUCCAUGGUCGCUGCCUCCUCUACGGCUUCCUCCUCGACUAUGCUCCCCAGCUCGAUGAUCUCUGGCCCUCAUCCAGGUGCGGCUGAGGCCAAACCACGUCCCAAGGCAAAUCGCAAGUGGGUGCCUCAUUUGCUUCCGAAUGCAACAGCAGAUGACCCUACAUGUGCACUAGGAGAUUGGGAUCGGGGGUCCUGCCUUCCACAUGUGCUCACAUCACACUCAGGCGACGACGUAGUGACAGCACGGCCUAGGAAUGCACAGGCUGCCUCCCCAAUAGGGCUGAAUGGGCCACUGUCAGAGCCUCCAUCUAGUUGGAGCAUCGACCUCACAUCUCAGCAGCGGCUGCCGAGUGAAAAUGAAUCUUGCCACGAGUCUGCGAAUGUGCAGGGUGUCUUCACGUACCAUCGGACCUGCUUUAUUUGCUCUACCUCGGCAUGCUUCUUGCUUCGAUCCUGGUUGGCCAGGUACUCUACUUGUGCCUCCCGGACUACCUCGGUGCAAAGCUCAAUGGCUAUAUGUGCGGUGGCCUGCUCUGCAAUGUCUGGGUUGUUAUGUAUGACAUUGGCAUCUCUCGCUUUCAGGUCACUGACCACUUCCUGUCCCCCUAUGGCAGCAUCCUCAACCAAGACGGUGUCACCCACAGACAUUGUCACACUUCGCUUCUCCCACGGCAUUGAGUCAAACCUGUACACUCAUGCUCGCUCAUCAGGUGUUCGCUACUGCCCUGACAACUACGGCUUCAGCUGCACCGGUCCCAAGUCCGGUGGUGUGCACAGGCGGCAAUGCAUUGCUGUACUGUUCUUCCUGAUUCUUGCAGAAAAUUUAGUUAAUUGUGAUUCAGUGCACACAGAUGCGAGGGUUGACAUCUUUGCUGACGCGAUGUCUGGAGUUGACGGGAAUCUCCUGUCAGCGAAGCCAGUCAGCAUUCGGAGGGCUUUGCCGCCCGACGCUGAGGGUAAACUCUCGAGAAGUGGUAAACGAUCUUAUGCUAGAGCGUAUGCACGGUCUUGCAGAGAGGGCGGAGCACACUUUCGAGGACGAUGGCGUCCCCACCAGUGGUUUCAGCCUCGACAUGUACCACCCCAGUAUGUGCCUAAGCCUCCGGCCUGUGACCUACCGGGCCCCGAUUCAUGGAAGGUACUGACCUGGAACUCAGGUGGUCUUACGACCCAAGUCUACCAAGAACUGCAGACCUACGUACGACUUCAUCAAUACGACCUCGUACUGGUACAGGAGACCAAAUGGUCUUUUGAUGCCAAUUGGAGCACACGUGACUUUCACUACAUUCACUGUCAUGGAAUUCUGAAAGAAGACCGCUCGACAGGAUUGUGGGUGAUGAUCGCGACGAAACACGUCAAGGCCACAGAUAUUCAGUUCAACAUUGUUCACCCUGGUCGCAUACUACACGUCAGGCUACCGAUUGGCCAAGUUCAUCUGGACAUCGUCACGUGGUAUCAAUACUCCAGCAGCACUGCUGAAGGAGUAUAUGAACGGAGGCAACAACUGCUUAUUAAACUGCAAAGGUGCCUACUUGCCCUCCCGCAACGGAACCCACUGGUGCUCGCAGGUGACUUCAACUGCGGAAUGGUCCCACAUCAGGCCCUGUGCGGACCGUGUGUGCUACCAGCUAAUCCUCUUCAGUACAAAGACCUCGAUGACCAUCAGGACGUGCUUCGAGCUCUUCCUGUUUGUGUUCUUAACACAUGGUCGCGACCCAAGCAUGGUCAACUGGCUACAUUCACUUUUGGCUCUCUGGCAUCACAAAUCGACUACAUAGUUGUUCGUCAGCGGCAAGCCACAAGACUCGCCAAAAAGGCGACAAUACUUGAUCGCUUCCCAGUCGCUCAGUGGAGACAAGGUGGCAACCAUCACCCCGUGGUGGCUUAUGUGCCGGUGCCUCGAAGAGUUGUCGUGCGAAAACAGGCCACUGUACCAUCAUUUGACAGGGAGCGCCUUCUGGCAGAUCUUCGGCAGCCCACGGCGUCUCCCGCACUGGCUGGCUUCCGCGAGGAUAUCCAGGACUCCAUGCCAGCACCCAUAUGUCGGCUCAAUGAUCUUCUCAUGCAGGUGGCGACCAAGCACUAUCCGACGCCGCCCAAGCCGACUCAACCUCCAGAUCAACCCCUCGAGCUGGCCAACUCUGCCAGGCAUAUGUGGGCCAUUUUCCGAACCAUGAGGAGUCAGAAAUUCACCUUGCAGGGUGUUGCUACUGCCUGGAAACUUUGGGCCCGUUUUCAGCGGGCACACAAGGCCCACAAGGACAGAGCCAAACAGCGCACCAAGCAAAAACGAAAUGAUCUGCUGCAACAAGCCCAGGAGGCCGCGGAAAAGGGUCACUACUCUGGCCUUUGGCGAAUUGUCAAACAGAUGACGCCCAAGGUCCCGCAUAAGCGUUUGCAGCUGCACCGCAAUGGCCACAUCAUCAGCACUUCCGAGGAACUAGAUUGGAUACUGACGGCCUAUGGAGAACGGUACGGAGCCCAGGCGACCGAUGGUGGCUGGAAAGGACCUGUCGGGUCUACGGAAAUCGUCACUAUUGAUGCCACAGAAUUACGUGAUCAAAUGCUCAGGAUCCACCCAGGCAAGGCUGUCCCCCGUGGCAAAGCUGCUGCUCUUCUGUGGAAGGCUAGUGCUGCUCAAGUUGCACCCAUCGUGGCUGAUGAAGUCAACACCUGCUGGAACCAACCUUCUUUGUCACCGCAGGUUGACACAGGAUGGUCCGAGGCUACCGUGUCGCUAUUGCCCAAGGCCCAUGGCAGAAUGCAAACGCCGCUUGAUCUUCGCCCGAUUGGCCUACAGGAUCCACUGGGGAAAUGCGUGAUGACCCUGCUCCUGCGACAGGCUCGGUCGACAGCGGAGGCCUUGGUCAGACAAUACCCACAGACCGCCUAUGUGCAGGGCCGGGGCACCAGCACGGCUCUCAGAAGGGUGUUCGCCCACUGUGCUGCGGUGCGGGCUGACUGCGGCAAUGAUCGACUGAACCCACACCAACAACAAGCGGGAGAACAAAAACGGCAAUGCAGUGGAGGACUGCAGAUAAGUCUGGACAUGUCGGCAGCGUUUGAUUUGGUCCGAUGGGACUUCUUGAAGGAAGCCAUGGACUUCGCGAACAUCCCGAUAAGCAUCCAGGACAUACUGCUCGUCUGGCUCUCCCAAGUGCGGUACAUAUUUCAUCAUCGGGACUGCGCAGGAUCUCUGCAGCCUCAAUGGGGAUUGAGGCAAGGAUGCGUCGCAUCCCCCAUUCUCUGGAGCUUGUUUACUUCCUUGAUGUGUGCAGCCCUGGACCGGAAACUCGGAGGCGGAUGGUCGACAGAGCAUGCAACUCUGUAUGCAGACGACACUCACUCGAAGUGGAGGUUUAAAACUUAUGUCGAGCUGGAGCGCAGUAUGAUGGAAGCCCGUGUUGCGCUCGGGGUCUUUCGCGCCUUUCACAUGAAGGUGAACUACGAAAAGACCAAGGCCAUCCUGAAGGUGGUCGGAGGCCUACGCAGCAGAGUUCACAAGGAGUAUGUCCGCAAACACGAUCAGGAACGGCGUCUUCUUCUUUCACCGAGGGACCCCACGGCAUGGGUAGCACUGGUGACACAGGCAGAAUACCUAGGUCUUAUUAUCUCCUACGGGGCUUUCGAACUACAGUCCAUGCGACAUCGAAUCUCCAAGGCCAACAAACGUCGGUGGGCCAUGGCCGCUGUGCUCCACUCUCGCCGCAUCAGUGUAGGCUACAAGCUGCAAAUAUGGCGAAGCUGCGUUCUCAGUACUCUCACGUACGGACUUCAUUGCUGUGGCUUAACUGGAGAUCAAUUACGGGAGGCCCAGAAGCAUAUGAUGAGACACGUCAGGGCUGUCACCAACAACCAGGCGCAUAUCACCGGAGACUCACAUGAAACCGUCAUGGAUAAGUUCGGUGUGCAAACAGUUGCUGGUGUUCUUCAGCAAACGCAUGAUCGAGAAUCACAAGCUGGCCUCUCAGCAACCGAGUGGAUGCAAGAUGAUUGCUGGUUACAACACAUCAGCGACAGGUUCCGACAACACAGUAUAUCUGAGCCGGAGGGGGCCGAGUCUGCAGUUUGGAACUGUCCGAUUUGUGAUGAAGCCUUUACGACCUCAGCUGCACUGAAGAUUCAUGCAAGACGAUCACAUAACAUUGUUGAUGAGCACAAGGAAGUCUUCAAUAAAGCUCGACACUCUAAGAACGGACUUCCCAUCUGCAAAUUUUGUGAUAAGAAGUUCUCCAAGUGGCAGUCAUUGGCGAUCCAUAUCAACAACAACUCUUGUCCAGUACUGAUUGCUCCGCCGGACGAUGCCAGCCAUUCCGAUUUUGGAUUUGCCAACAUGCCCUCCGUGCCCUCAAAGCCCUCCGAUACCUCUGACAGUGUGCCCCAGCAGCCGACAGAAGAUGACUCCGUGAGUAUUUGCCAACUGCCUGAUGUUCGGAGAGCUGUACAGACAGGGAUCAACGCAUUCAUUCCGCUCAAAGCCAUCACAUCGAAGCUUCAGCAGACCUGUAGCAUCUGUGGACAAUGGGUCGCAUCCCAUCGCACACUCAAGCGUCAUUUUCAGUACUCACACAAGGAUCUACUUGAGACUCUGGGUGCCCGCGUGAACAAACUUGUCACACGUACUGCCACAGCCAGCCCUACGUGCCACUACUGUGGAGUUGCUUGCAAGGACUGGAGGGGCCAUCUUUCCAAGAUGUUCAACGACGACGAGAUGACGGAGUUCUUCGGGGAACUGCAGGACAGCCACAAAAACAAGCGGAGGCGUCCGGAAGCUCGGGACGCACCCAAGGGCCAGAUGUCGGCAUCAAGCCAGUCCGCGGCUGGGGGCUUGACGCUUACUUCACUCGCUCGCAUAGUGCUGAGGCAGGACGAGGAGUUAAGAGUGAUCAAACAAGAUCACUCACUGGUCCUAUGGCUGAAGGCAGGUGCGGACUCGAUCAUGCCUUUUCUUCACCAAACGGCGGUGCAGUUUCGCAAAAAGCAGGAGGAGGCACCGGAUUGGAGCCCAGGCUGGCAGCCCCUGCGGACUGUCAUGGCUCUGGCAAUGAUCCGCGAACUGGCCACCCGAAUGGAAGCAGCGAUCCAAGACGAAUCCCUAAGGAAGACGGUGACGGAGAAAGGAUGGCUGGACAGCCAGGGACACUGGCGAUUCCAACGCUGGAACCCUCGCCUGAGAUGCCUCGAGGAGGACAAGGAUCGCCCACCGUUGGCCACCCAGGCUCUGAAAGCUACGCUGGAGGAGAUCUAUGCGGCCCUCAAAGGCGAAACGGUCACGCGGUUCAAGUGUACACGCCGACUCACCGAAACAAUGGAGUCCCAGUCGGUGUUCAAAAUGGACAUCUCCACGAGAGGCAACGGGAUUCAGGCAUGGAACAAGCUGCUCGAGGUUCAGGGCAACAGCGUCUGGCAGCUUGUUGGAGUGGCAUACCGCAAAGAAAGCCUCAAGGACAGCCCUGCCAUUCAGAAGCUACGAGAGCUGCUACGACCGAAGUAA